ACGCAACAGCAACGGCAACCUUCGCAAUAACUCAGGCCCAAGCUUCCAUCUUAGGCAUCAAUGCACAAGCGCAAUCCAAAAUCCAAGUCUCAAUGAACAAUCUCAAAUUCGCCUUAAUCCUUACGUUUUCCAUCCUCGGUUCCUCGUUAAUUACCAUACUCAUCAUCUACCUCCUACUGAGCCUUCGUCGUCGUCGCCAGAAGCGGAAAGAGCGGAAGAGAGAGGAGUUCAAGGAGAAGAUUGAUGUGAAGAGAGGCUCGGAUGAUAGUGCUAUGCCUAGUUUAAGCGAGUUCCCUCUACCAGUGAAUAGGAAGAAUUGGAAUGAGACUGGUGCUGGUGGCGAGCGGGGCAGGCCUUCGUCUGAGGUUGUUCCUACAUGGAGAGUAAACAGCAGCCAAGGCCGAAAAUCUGCCGAAUUCCCAUUCCCUGGUGCUGGAAAUAGCAGGAAGACAUGGAGCGCCAGCGCCGAUCGAACAGCUGUUGAUGGGGGUGAAGCAAUGAAUGGGAGAGCAAGGAGGAUGGCGGAAGGCGAGACUCAGAGAGCGAGGCCACCAGGGAGUCUUAGAACGUUGACGUAUGAUGCGGAUUUCCCGGAUCAGCCACCGCGGUUUGGGAGUUGGUUGGGGGACUUGAGGAAGAAUGAGGACCUGCUGGAGAUUAAGGUGACGAGGAAUAGCAGUACAAGUCGGAGGAGAGACAAGGAUGGGGGUAGUGAGAUUGGGACUGCGUUUUGAGAACGUACUUCUGAAGUAUAAUAGCA